AUGACCCAUUCAUUUACUAAGAGUCAGAAAAUGCUUAGUGAAUUUAGUAAGAAUGUCAACAGUUUAUUUAGACAAAGAAAGAGUAAUCUCUUUGUACCACUAUCACUAGCAACAAAUACAACACUGAUAACAGUAAUCUUAAAAUCUUCUGACUUGAUGUCACCCUUUCAGAAAUAUGAAAAAGUCAAACGUCCUACUUUGUUAGUAACAAAGAGUGAUACAAGUAAUGUCAAUAAAAAUGAUGGUAUAAAUCGUAUCAAUAAAAACACAAAAUUAGAAAUGAUUAUCUGUAUUGUUUCUACGAAUGAAGAUGAUUAUAAAAAAGCAAUCAUCACUGAGAUCAAAGAUGGUGAAAAUUAUAGUAAUGAUAAUAGAAUAUUAAUCGAUGGGAAUGAUGAAUCUGGCAACAUCAAAGAUAUAAUAAAUGGACAAGAUACAAAUAAUGUAAACGAUCAUGAUGGUAAUUAUAAGAAAGCAAUCGUCAUUGAGAUCAAAGAUGAAGUAUUAGUAAUCGAUAGGAAUAACGAAGAAGAUAUGACAAAUAGACAAAAUACAAGUGAUUAUAAGAAAGCAAUCGUCGCUGAGAUUAAAGAUGGUGAAAGUGAUAAUUACGAUAAUAUAACAUUAGUAAUUGACAGGAAUGACGAAUUUGGCAACAUAGAAGAUACUGAAGAAGAUACAAGUAAUGUCAAUGAUAAUGAUGGUGAUUAUAAGAAAGCAAUCAUCACUGAGAUUAAAGAUUGUGAAAGAAUUAAUAACGAUAAUAUGACAUUAGUUCCUUCACAUCACCUUAAAUCAUUAUAUUAUUAUUAG